AUGGCCUCCGUUUGCGAAGUAGGUGGCAUCUCACCUUUUUUCCAAGUUCGUCAAACCGAGUUUGGUGGUAGAGGAUGCUUUAGCAUUGUCCAGUUGAAAAAGGGAGCAGUUGUGCUGGAGGCUAAUGAUAGCGUAGGAGCGUGUAUCGCACAUGAAUUUCGAAAGGAAGUCUGCCACAGUUGCUUCUCAUACCGAAAUGGCGCCAACAUGAAGUUUAAACUAAAGUAUGCUGACAUAGCUCAUCUUUUAAAGCCGGGGGUGAAAAUCAGCGAAAAGGCAUUUAACGGUGCUGGCCUUUGGUUUUGCUCGGAGUCCUGCAAACUGGAGUACUUGACUCAACCUCACAUUGUCGAGCUGAUAGAAUGCUAUGAUGUUUUGCUUCGCACACUGAAGAUAAUGCAAAAGAAGACGGCCGACCAAAAGCAGGAACCUGACCCGCAGGUAAUGUCAGCCGAGAUCAUCGACCGUGCUUGGCUUGAGAUCAACAACUCGUGGAUACCGAAAGUGGAAAGGACAAAGCCAACUAAAAGGUUAAAUGAGCUUCCGUUCAUUGCAGAGGAGGAGUACAAUUGCGCAAGGUUCGUCGCCAGAACAUUGUUCAGUCUGAAACAUCUGGAUCCAUUGUCAAAAACGAUGACUACUUUCUGGACCCUUCAGUCGAAUGAACUAAGUAAAAUCUCUAGGUUUCCGGUGCUCUUGAACUUCCAAAUCGCAGUUUUCAAAAGCCUGUAUGUGUUGCUGCCGGAAAUCAUUCGUAAAGAUCUGUCCACAGAACUGUUCAGACACAUAAUGGGCUCCGAGUACGGUAAUUCGUUCGGCAUAUGGGAGGAGCAAAAGGUGCCAGAAAACAGAGAGUUCCUCGGGUACUCGGUAUUUCCUAGAGCUUCGUAUUUCAACCACUCCUGCGACCCUAACAUCACAAAGUCUCGCGUUGGCAGGACUAUGCUUUUCACGUUGAACAGAGAUGUACCGAAGGAUGAACCGCUCUGUAUCGAUUAUUCCAGUCUCCUGGACCAGCCAGUGGUGCAACGCCGUCAACUUCUGCGGGAGAACUGGUUUUUCGACUGCCUAUGCGGAAGGUGCAUAUUAGAGUUGCAGACGAUCCAUUAG